AAAGGGGUCGAAGUCAUCCCCGAAGCCAACGUCUUGGCCCUCGUCGCUACCGGUGCUGGGAGAACCGUGGAGUUUGUCUUUAGGUCUGACUGACACAUUGCGAGGCCCAACCAGCGCCAACUCUGCCAUCCUGGCCACUCAGAACACCGCCGCCGGACCCGCGCUCUUGUUCCACUAGUUAAUACACCUCUGUUGGACUACACUUUGGAUUGGCUUGAGCGUUGCGGAGUGGAUGAAGUGAUAGUGUACUGUCGAGCUCAGCCCCAUGCUGAACAGAUUCGCCAGCACUGCCGUGGUUUUGAAAUGCGACGGCAGAAAAAGAGCCCUCAGAUCUCUGUGGUGGCCUCAGAGGACUGCCACUCAAUGGGAGAUGCCAUGAGGGACCUCUACUCCAAGUCUCGCCUGAAAGAAAAUUUCAUCCUCAUUUAUGGGGAUGUAGUCUCUAAUGUAGACCUCAGAGAACUGAUGGCAAAACACAAGGAGCGCCGUGCUGCAGACAAGAGUGCAAUCAUGUCUUGUGUUUACAUGAAUAAGGAUGUGAAGUGUCAGGAAGAAGCAGCCUUGUUAAUCUUAAAUGCAGCUAAUAACAAGCUGUUACAUCAUAUGCGGCCUCAUUCCUCUACAAAAUUACCUAUCCCUACAGAACUUUUUCAGGGCAGUCACCAGUUGAAAGUAUUACCAGCAGUCCAGGAUCCUGGCAUAGCCAUGUGUUCUGAAAUUGUUGCAUCAUUGUUUUCUGAUAACUUUGACUAUGGAACAAGAGACAGUUUACUGCGUGGUGUGAUCGAACAGGAAGAACUUUUAGGCUAUUCAAUCUUUUGUGAGAUUUUAGACUCGGGCUACUCUGCAAGAGCUUCAUCCCUCACUCUCUAUGAAGAAGUCAGUUCUGAAGUGGUCCGUCGCUUAGCCUACCCAAUGGUCCCGGAGCAUAGCCUAACUAGCCACCGCAUCCGUUACAAUUUUGACUCCUUCACUUCAAACUACUGGGAGCCCUCAGCCAAAUUCCAUAAAAGCAGCUGUGGUACAGGCGUAGUCGUGGGUGCUGGGUCAGAGGUGAACAUGACUGCUCGUCUGCGGAACACCAUAGUGGGUGAUCACUGUUCCAUUCAUGAUAAGGUUGUUGCUGAUUCAGCUUUUAUCAUGAAUAAUGUUACUGUUAAGUCUGGUUGUAACAUCAAACAGUGUUUCUUGAGUGACAAUGUUAUAUUGGAAGAAAAUGUAAAGUUAUCACCAGGAUGCAUUAUUGGAGCUGGGGUUGUUCUUGGCCCUGACAUCACUGUACCGGUAGCAACUUGUCUCAUGGCCAAUCCUCCUCCCGAUGACUUUGAUGACAGUGCCAGUAAACAAGCACCAGAUCCCCUUGUGUGUGGCGCCAAGGGACGUGCCUUUAUCUACCACCGUGAGGAUGAGGAAGAAGAAGAAGAGAGCAGAGCACGGAUAUGGGGAAGGAAAAAUAUUUGCGACGAAGAGGAGGAAGAAGAAAUGGAUGAUGAUGAAGAGGAUAUGGAUGAAGAUAGUGAUGAGGGGAUGUCUGAUGCAAUGUAUAUGAAGGAUGAGGAUGAGCAACGGGAGCAUGAAUUCAAACGAGAAGUGACUGAAAGUUUAAACAAUGCCCUGCGUGAAAAGUCAGCUGCUGAAAAUGUGGUAUUAGAAAUCAAUGCUUCUCGACACGCUUAUAACAUGAGCAUGGAGGAAGUACUUGCAACUGUGACAAGGGGCAUCGUACAAGUUGGUGAGGAAAAGACGGGUGCAGAUGCUAAUGCAGAAAGCCUCUGGCGUGGAAUCCGAACGGCCAUCGAAACCCUUCAGAACGUACUGAGAAAUUAUGUCCGCAAAAACAGAGAUCAGCUCAUUGUACUUAAUGCCUUAGAACAAAUGUUAGUAGAAUCAGAAAAAUAUAUUGCUGUGAUCCAGAAGAUACUUUAUGAACUCAAUCACACCCAUGAAAUCUUGGAUGAGGAAGUGAUUCUACACUGGUAUAAGCGAGGAGGGGCCAACACUCCGGCUUUCCCAAAGCUUCAGAAAGCCAUUGCAAGAUUUAUUGAAUGGCUAGAAGAAGAUGAGAGCGAUGAUGAUGAUGAUGACAGUGACUAACAGGGCUUUUCACCUUGAAGUACAAAGAACCAGAAAAUAUGAAUUAGUUUUUUUGCUAAGUUUGCGGAGCAGCUCCUGUUGUAUGUGUCAAAACUUAUACUGAGCAUCAGAUCAUCGUUUCUUUAUGUAUUCCUCUGUUAUUUUGGUUGAAUAUAAUGAAGAACUGAGA